AAAAGAGAGGAAAAGAACGAGAGGAGGGGAAGAAAGUAGUGGCCUGGGCGUGCGGGCACGCAGGAGGGAGGCGAUGGAGGGCGCCCCGAGAGCGAGCACGCGGCGGCGGCGGCUGGUGGAGAGGGGAUCCGAUCGCCUCGCCUUCAUCACCGGCCAGGCGCGCGACCUCCCCUCCGACCCGUACCCAGAUUCUCCACUUAGUUCUACUGCAUCACCUCAGUUAUCUGAAGGUUUCGUUAGUACUGAAAAGUUCAACAAGUUCCAGAAGUCAGAACCUAGCGAUCUGCUCCCUGAAAUUCAGCCAACUGUUGAGCCCCGUGAACCAAAACCCAGGCAUCAAACCCAUCAUAGUGAAGGCGAUCUACUCCGGGUUUUCAAUACAAGCAGUACAGUUCAUGAGAUCCAGCCAGUGAAUGAACCGCUGUUGCGAAGUCGUGAUGACGGAACUCUCGGCAAGAAGACCAGUUAUGAUGGAGCAGCAAGUGUGCAGCCUAGGAGGGAGAUGGAAGCGAGACCCAGAACUGUGCCUCCGAACCAGUCUAACCAAUCAGACAAUUCAGCUUGGUCUUUGGAGACUUUGAAGGAGCUUGUGGAUUUCAGUCCGCAGGAGAUUAGCCAGGCCAUAUCAGCUACAGAAUAUAGCCGCUUCUUAGCAUCCAUUGCCAUCGCCUUUCUGGUGGUUCUUUCAAACUGGGGCCUUGACGUUGGUGGCAUCAUCACCAGAGUAUUAGUUGGCACGAGGCCACUCCUGUUUCUUAUUAUAACCCACAUAACCAUCGUGAUGACCUUUUUGAUGGAGAACAAGGACCCCAAUGUGAGGGGCAGACCGGCCGGCAGUAGCAACUUUGGUUCUGUUGAUAGCUUGCUAAUGUUGGAGAUCGGGUUUCUGCUACAGAAAGCCCUGUUGGCUCUGCUGAUGGACUGCAGCGUUUGCACUGUUAUCAUGAUCUGUUUUCUUGGAUUCUGAGAGAAUUUAGAUAGUUGCUUUCACCCUGAUCUGGUUUCAUGCGUUCUGAGAUAAUUUAGAUAGUUUGCCGAGGCGUUUGUAAAAGUUAUUUUCUUCUCUAAGGUACUGUAACUUGUCCGAUCUUGUAACAUCCUCUUUGGCUGAAUUUUGACUUACUAUUUUGUGCGCAUAUAAUGGGUCUUAAUAAAGCUGGUCUACCGUACAAAUAAAAAA